GGCAUCAAACUGCGUUCCCAGCGGCCCAGCGACCAGCGGAAGCGACCGGCACCACUGUAACACGUGCGGAGACUGGCUGCCUAGUCGAGAAUCUCUAGCGCGGCAUGAGGAGAAGGUGCACGGAGUUGUGUCCUUCAUCUGUCCUGAGUGUCACCAGCUGUUCCACAAGAUCCACCUGCUGGAGCAACACCUGGCCGAACACCUGGGGUACCAGCCUCACCUGUGCACCGUCUGUAAGAUGUCUUACAAGGAGGAGGAAGACUUGAGGAGGCACCUGGAGGAGCUGCACCACUUUAAGGACCUGCAAAAGUGUCUGUACUGCGCAGAGUUCUUACCGACAAGGUUCCACAUGAAUGCCCACAUCCGGCUGCUGCACGAGGCGAGGCGCUCCUGGUGUCACCAGUGCCACAAGACCAUCACCCCCUUCCACUCACUCGCAACACACCGAAGACUCACGCACGGGGAACGCAAGCUUCGCUGCGAGGAGUGUGGCGCCAUGUUCAAGUCCAUGGUCUCGCUCAAGGCGCAUCUACUCAGGCACCGGGGCACGAAUUCCUGUCUGUGUGAUUACUGCGGGAAACGGUUCAACUGCAAAAAGGAGCUGCAAGGCCAUGUAGCGAAGGUCCACGACCCUGCGCUGAAGCGACACGUUUGUGAGAUCUGCGGCCAUCGUACCUGGAUCCUGUCUGAUCUAAUGGAUCACAAGUACCGGCUGCAUCCUGACCAGAUCUCAGAGGACGAGAAACGAAAGUCAAGCCUGUACAGGAGACAGAAGAACUUGACCAGGCGCCCCACACACCGCUACACCUGCCAGCAGUGUGGUAAGAAGUACAUGUCUAUGCUGCACUUGCAGCGCCACACAGCACUCCACGACGGUACUGCACACACCUGCAACGUCUGUGGGCAGAAGUUCCUGAAGGAAGCAGACUUUCUGCGUCAUCUUGAGACCCAUGGGAAGACGUUUGCCUGCGGCGUGUGCGGCAAGACGUUCCGUAAGAAGCAGAACUGCGAGCGACACGAGCUGGCCACAUGUCGUGGCGAAAAGGAGUUCCGGUUCACGUGUUCAGUGUGCGGUAAGAUGACAAAGUUCCUGAGCCAGUAUGUGAAGCACGUCGCACAACACUGCAGUACUGGUGCCACACACGCCUGUCCCGUCUGCAGGGAAACCUUCCCCGCCAUGCCCGCCUUCCGAUCCCACAUCGACGAACACGUGGCAAAGGGGGAAACGCCGUGGCACUGUGCGGUGUGUAACACAUACCAUGAGCAACAGAACCGACUGCUGAAGCAUGCCAAGAUCCACUCCGACGAGACGCCCUUCCUCUGUCCGCACUGCGGAAAGGGCUUCAAGGAUGUCGCACACCUACAGGUUCACGAAAACAUCCACACGCGAGCGAAAGAGUACUCGUGUAAGGACUGCGGGCGGGUUUUCGUGCAGUACUCCAGCAUGAAGCGACAUGAGCUGACCCACAACAAGAGCCAGCCGCACAAGUGCCCCUUCUGCGAGCGAAGGUUCUCUCAGAAGUGUUCCAUGGACAGGCACCUUCGGCAGCACACCGGAGAGACACCCUACGUCUGCGAGAUCUGCGGAAAGGGCUUCAAACAGUCGACCCUUCUGCACAACCACUCUAAAAAGGUGCACCAGAAACUGGGCUGAUGGUUUCACUUUUAUACAGUCCACCAUCUAUGCUUUUGUUGAAGUCAUUCUUACACCUUUCGGAAGUGCCCAUCCGCAAUGUACAUGUUUAGCCGUAUGAAACCACUACUUGCACAGUUGUAGCGAACGCACUUGAAAGAGUCAAAUGUAGAAAUGUCCAUUCAGUGCAGAGUGGAUAUUAAGAAUAUGCAAAUGAUAAUAAUCUUAUGCAACUUUUAAAUUUAAAAAUCAAGAGAUGAAACAAGAUGAGCAUUAACAACAUGGCAAGCAUGAGAGGGUUUAUACAUGGCCUUCUUCGGUCAAUAUUGACCAUGGUAAAAUCCUAAUAGAUAUCAGCGUCGACUGUGGCUAAACAGUCCUUUAUGAGAGGGUUAGGAAUAUCUGUCAGUAAUAAUGUAAGUCAGAUUGAGACCCAGAAGAACCAGUAGAUAGUUUUUGGUAGUGUAAAAGUUAAGGGGAUCAGUUAUUACUAAUACAUGUAAGUGGACAUCUCACUGAAUCUGUGGCAAGUUGGCGGUGUUGCUUUAGCCGAGCGAUUUGAGAGAGCGCUCUACAAAUUCCAGCGAUAAAUAGAAAUCUUUUUGCGGGUUUGCUUGUCCUUUAAAUAAUGAAUGCUCUAAAAUACUAAGUAGAAAUCUAAUUUAGAAUGCAACAUUGCCAACAUGCUGCUGUCCAGUGAGAUAUGUGCUUUAACGAAGUAACUCAUUAAAUACUUUAAAUUUGUCAAUGAGAAUACAUUUUGAUUUGCAUUUUGAAAUGAGAUUGGUGGUGGGUAAAAGGACUAA